AUGCCAUCCGAAACGCUCUUGAGAUCGAUCGGACGGCCAAAAAUGAUUUCCGGAUACCUCCACUCUGCAUCUUCAGCAACUUCAGAGCCAAAUCCAUCUGCAGCAUUGACAGACUUUCGCUCCUUUAUUGAGCUUCUUCGUCACGAUGACGACCUGGUAGAGAUCAAUCGAGAAGUGGACCCACAUUUAGAGGUGGCCGCUAUUGUGCGGAGGGUCAGUGAGCUGAAUGGCAAAGCACCGCUCUUCAACAAGGUCAAAGGAGCCAAAAAUGGGUUGUGGAGGAUGUUCGGUAAUGCUGCAAGUCUAAGAAAGAGCGAGAAAGAGAGGUAUGGUCGGCUUGCAAGAACUCUUGGACUUCCAACGGACGCGAGUUGGAAGGAUAUAGGAGAAAAGACCCAAGCCGCGAAGGCUUCCAAGUUAUUGAAACCCAACAUUCUGCCAUGCGGGCCUUGCAAAAAGAACAAAAUGUUUGGCCACGAAAUCGAUCUGCACCAGCUUCCUGCUCCAUACCUGCAUCUGGGCGAUGGCGGAAAGUAUUUGCAAACAUAUGGCGUCCAUAUCUUGCAGACCCCCGAUGCCUCGUGGACCAAUUGGUCCAUAUUUCGAGGCAUGAUUCACGACAGCAAACAUCUAGUUUGCUUGGUUGGCAAAGGACAACACAAUCAGAUCAUUCGCGAGAAGUGGAGGGCGGAAGGCAAGACGGAAAUCCCCUGGGCUCUUGCUUUCGGAGUGCCUCCAGCUCUCAACUUCGUCGCCGCUCUGCCAAUCCCCGAGAACGUCUCAGAGGCGGAGUACGUCGGUGCACUCACGGGAAAGCCUUUAGACCUCGUCAAAUGCGAGCUUAGUGAUCUGCUUGUUCCAGCACACAGCGAAAUCGUCUUCGAAGGUGUCACUUAUCUCGACGAAGAUAAGAAGGGAGUCGAGGGCCCGUUCGGAGACUACCUGGGAUUGAUCUUUGACGAUGAUAAACACCCCAUGCCUCUCUUUAGGGUGGAUGCAAUAACCUACAGAGAUGAUGCUAUCAUGCCAAUCUCAGUCCCUGGAAGGAUCACAGACGAGUCGCACACAACAGGAGCACUCGCUGCAGCUGAGCUGCUCCAGUUUUGUAAGGAGCGCGGUCUGCCCGUUCUCGACGCAAACGCUCCUCUCGAGACACACGGGACUUGGUGUGCACUUACGAUCGACACGGAAAAACUAAGGUCACUUAAGACGAACUCUAAGGACUUUUGCAGCAUGCUGGGGAAUGUCCUCUUUAACCAGAAGAGCUCGAUGCUCAUCAACAGAAUCAUCCUCGUGGGGGAAGAUGUCAACAUCUAUGACCUCAAGGACAUUAUUUGGGCACUGGCAACGAGAUGUCGCCCAGGCGUGGAUGAAUACGUGUUUGAGGAUGUCCCAGGCUUUCCUCUGACUCCUUACCUGUGUUAUGGCAGAGGAAAAGACUCCAAGCGUGGAGGAAAGGCGAUCCAGGAUUGUGUGAUGAAAGUGGAGUAUGAGACCGGACGGCGAUUCAGGACGGUCGACUUCGAAACGUCGUAUCCUGAAAGUGUCAAGGACAAAGUAAAGUCUACGUGGCGGGAAAUGGGCUUCGAUGAGGCGUAA